UGCCCCCAAGCGGAGCGCGGAGACGUCGGCCCCGCGCGCGCGCGCCCGCCAGACAGACCCGUCAACAUGUGAGAGCCACGGCGGGUGUCCCACCCCCCCACCUCACGCCCGGUGUCUCUGCGUGUGCAGUGAGUGAGUGUGCGUGCGUGCUCUCGAACUCGAUAGUUCGACGCUAGAAGAGGAGACAGGUCGCCCCGGCGGAGGACGUAUCUACGUGUCUGUCGCGACUUUUUGAGACCGGCGAGAAGAUCCCGCGUUGUCACUGUGCCCGCGCAUUCUCUGUACUUUUCCCGCUUAUUUCGGUUAGCUCUCCCGCGGACAAGCGCUGCUUCGAUAUCGACUUUUCCCGUCUUCUGCGUCCGCUUAGUUUUCUUCCGUUUCCCUGCCAGCUGAAUCGAGCCGCUGCGAUACUGUGCCAGGGGCGAAGAGAAGAAGAAAAUCCGCUGCUUGGCUCCGUUCCCGUUUGGCCGGUCUAGUUGGACAGCUUUGGUGACGGACGCUGUUUCUCUGAAGCCAGUGUGAGACUUCGAGGGUGACUGUGCACUAUUUACUGACGCCUCAAAGGUCAGGCGUAGGUAUCGUGUUGAAAGACGAGAGAGAAGGAAGGACUCGGUCCAACAUGCCAGGGAUGAGACUUCAAGCGACGCUGACGGUCUUGCUUGUGCUGCUGGUCCCUUCCGGGAUUCGUGGCAACAAGGCCGCCGGCACAUCGCAGACAGAGCCCGAGUUUGCCGAGCCGAUCCAGAACAUCACGGUUCCGGCAGGACGCAAGGUCACCCUCGCCUGCGUCGUAGACAACCUCAACAACUACAGGGUGGCCUGGAUGUUCGUGGAGAAGUUCACGCUACUGACACUCGCCAAGAGUGUGAUCACGCACAACUCCCGCUUCAAGGUGACGCACAACGGCCACCGCACCUGGCACCUGCACAUCCACGACGUGCAAGAGCGGGACCGGGGCGCCUAUAUGUGCCAGAUCAACACGUCGCCCAUGAAGUCCCAGAUCGGAUACCUCAACGUGGUCGUGCCACCCAAGAUCGACGAGGAGAACACCAGCUCCGACACCGAAGUACGAGAGGGUGGCGAAGCGGCGCUCAAGUGCGUUGCCAAGGGAACGCCGGAACCGGAAAUCACGUGGAGAAGAGAAGACGACCAGGAAAUCGCGUUCGGUCGCGAGAAAGUUCCAUCUGUGAAAGGCACUUGGCUGAACAUCACGAAGGUCUCCCGCCUGCACAUGAGCGCCUACCUGUGCAUCGCCUCCAACGGUGUGCUGCCCUCUGUCAGCAAGCGGAUCAUCCUUGAAGUCAGCUUCGCGCCCAUGAUAUGGAUCCCGAACCAACUGGUCGGCGCGAGCGUCGAUACCGACGUGACCCUGGACUGCAAUCUGGAGUCACACCCCAAGUCGGUGACCUACUGGACGCGCAACACGGACACCAUCAUUCACCAGAACUCCAAGUACUCGGUGGUCACGGUGCAACACGCCAUGUACAAGGUCCAGAUGCAGCUCAUGAUCCGCAGGCUCAAGCCCGAGGACUUUGGCGAGUACCACUGCGUCGCCAAGAACUCACUGGGCGAGACGGAAGGAACCAUCAAGCUCUACGAGAUUCCAGCCAGCUCGUCGUCCACGUCGCACUCGCCCGAGGCGUUUCGAGCGAAAUCGGAAAAAUUGCGCAACGGCCAAAUGCGAAACUCCCUGACAAGGCCCAGCGAUCGGGCCGUGGUCACAACCAAACCGCAAGAUCUCUCCGAGGCUUCCAGAGAUCAGCGGCCAUCUUACACACCGGCUGUUGUGAAAAUUGGAGAUUUGCUGCCGCAUGGUAGCUCAACGCACCUAGAGAGCUCAGUGCUGUCCACGUCACUGCUUCUCGUCAUCGGCUUCGUGUCGGCCCUGUCGUGACGUGUUGCGGCAUUCCCUUGAACGUGCAUCGGCAACGUGACUCUUGUGGCGGUGGCUGCCGUCGUCACGCUCACCGUGGGGGGACUCAAACCGCGCCACUCCGGGCGACAGCCCCCCCGAUUGCGGCAACGACACGAGAGGCAAUGCGGCGCGCCAACGGCUCAAGUUAAAAUCGAACCGGACAUCGCCACCAAUCUUCCGUGACGCGAGGCAAUUUCCGAAGCGGCGAAACACAAGGACGGACAUUGCCAUACGCGUUACGCUAUGCGAACUGGUCAUAUUUCUUUUUCUUUUUGAACUUUUGCUUGCCCGAUUUCGCGCUGGUGGGCAUUCCAUGGGUGAACGACUGCAUAGAGGGGCGCGCCCAGCACACUGGGACAUUAUACGGGGUUAUCUCGGUUCAGGCUCUACAAAAUAUUUUUUUAACACGAGCUUGGGUGCUAGAAUUUACCCGUAGCGUUGUUUUUCUUUUCUCCCUUUACUUAAACAGCGAAAUCGAGGUGCAUCUGUUAUGGUUAUCACUGGUUAUGUUGAGCCCAAACUACCACCUACGUACGUAGCGAUUCUGCAACUAGCCAAGAACAGUGUAAGGAACACUCUGAGCUUCAGUUUCACGCACCAUAAGCAAUCGACGUCCAGUUGCACGCACCAUAAAGCAACAUAGGACGGGAAAUAGCUGUCACUAACAAGGAUUUUCCACAGCCACCUUCCAUCGGAAAGCUUUUAAAUUGUCACUACAAUGAGGGGACCGGUAACAUUGGAAGGCGGGUUCAUAAGAAGUUCAUCUUAUCCUAUAAUUCUAAAAAUAUAAAGAAAAUGAAAAAAUAGAAACUAUAGAAUCGUAAUUCUAUGGCGAAAAGGCUGUGGGUAAACACGGGAAGGUCAUGUCCAAUUUCAGCGCUUUCAUUUUUUCGGCGUAGGCUUCACAGUCACGUUCUAAACGUUCCAGUCUCACUAAGAGAAUAUUGCUCAUUUACUCACGCGUUAAAAUCGUCAUUCUGUUUCUGAAACUACUUUCUUUUUCAUCGUGUGCAUAGUAAAUCAUCCAUAUGCGCCACAGCCAGUCGCGAGUGACAGAGAGAUCGUCCCUUGCUGUAUUCAUCAGAGACGGUAGAGGCACUUCGUAGUCUUCUGUCCGCAACGAUUUCAUUCUCUUUAUCAAAUCAUCCCUUUGCAAGUACGCAUUUUGGAAAUACCAUAGACAAGUAGUAUAUUGAGCUAAACAAUGUUGUCAUUUCGCAGCGCACUUUAGCAGCACUAGCACCACUGUCGCGUAUGCGAAAUCAGCGUGUACAGCCUAUAACGAAUAACUUAUCUUCGGCGGCAACUGCAGUUGGAAUCAGUUUUCAUGUACACUGAAAGGAAGAAGAAAAAAAUUCAUUAGCAAGGGGAGUUCGGCAGUUAAGUGACCACAGGGGCGUAGUCUGCUCGUUUUUUCAGCGAAAACACUGUGUGUAAUAAUGUAAUUGUGCAAGAGUGGCGCUGACCCUCAAAUAUACCUUCCCAUAACGUUGAACUGAAACGUGCAGCUCUUUCGGCCGGUCAAAUGAAAUAGCUUUAAACAAGUUACUUGUAACUUUCUUGGUAUGUCGCGCUCUAUCACAUUUUCUUUUUAUUAUCGCUUUAGAAGAGCUGCGCUCAUCGGGUAAUUCAUAUUGACUUUUUUGCGGAAUAUAUAUUUCUCUCGCUGCUUUUACACUAACAGAAAAUGCUUAGAAAAUACCAUUACAACAAUUGCAAUACCAGGAGUAUCUCAGUUUGGUAGAUAUAGGAGACUGUAUUCAUUCGCAGGCUCCUGCUGAAGCACGCAUCUAUAGGUAUAUGUUAUUUAUGUUAAUGACACUGAGAGAUGUCAUGCGCAAGCUCAUGUGCGAUCAGCUCUAGGAUGUUGAUCAGAGUGCGAAGUGCGGAAAUCAGAAGAGAACAAGUCAAACCCAGAAGGGCGUUGUACAAUGUGAACUAUUGAUAAGGUACUCAGCGUAUUAAGUAUGCUACAGUUCAACAUCAAGGAAAGCAUGAUGUGCCAAAACAAUGGGAUAGACAUGACAGCGCGCGUUUGAUGAUGUUCACGGGAAAAAAAAUGUGUACACUAAUUUUCUUCUACGCCAUGGUCGUCGGAAUAAUGCUACACAGUUGGUAGUGUGUCCAUCGACUUACUAUUAAUGCUAGGAAAGAAAAGAACACUCAUUUACCAAACAAGAUAUUUAGCUUUUUCAUUUCUGUUACAUACAAAACGCGAAGGCACUCGGGAUCUAGUUGUGGUUUCCAGUAAAUGAAUCAGAUUAAUAGAAAUCACACUGUAGCUUUACAAGUUCAUCAUGGCCCUAAGAAACAAUCACGAUAGCAUGGUUCGUUAGUCACCUGCACGUUGUAAUCGCAGUGCGUCUACUGGAUGCACCGUCGCCAUAGAAUAAAACGAAUGCAGAAUGCACGUCUUGACGUUACCGUUCGGCGAGGAACCAAGACGUCAAACUUUAUUUCACAUGCUGCCGUCCCAACAGUUGGCUACCAGACCAGAACCCUUAAUAAUUCGGCGGCAGUGUGACUGCUCUUUUGCCGUCUUGAAUGGUUUUCUUUCUAUUCUGAGGGCACAAAAUAUUUCAGUCUAUCACGUGUUUCUGCAAUUAAAAAUGACGUACCGUGUGUAAAUGUUGCUGGAUUACGAACGCAGCUGCAAACGUGUUCGUCUUAAGAACGUAUGUGUGUCAACAUUAAGUUCAAGCUUAUUAUUUAUUUGCUUAUUUGGGGUGGGGUUAAGGGGUAAGGGAGAUAAAACUUUGAAUAAUGUUGCUUACCCUUGCCACAUACAUAGCAGCUGGCCAUUAAUUAGGGCGGUCCACACACUCAGAACUGCUCGCAUGCUGCACGCAGAUGAUUACCCAAAUUCACGCUGCCCAAGGCUAGCCUUAAUAUUAGACUAAGGCCGAUUGUGAAAGAAUAACACUCAAAGAUGAUUGCGUUGACAUUUAUGGAACAACCCACGACCUAAGUUAAUGCAAUGGUAAAGUAAUGGCGACGAUCCUUAGGGAAGAGUCUAUGAUAAUACGUGCGCCUAUUCUAUCAAUUAAAGAACAUCAAGGAACCUUUUCAUUUCUUCUGAUAUAAAUGGCGACAUACCAUGCGCCAUACUUGCGUCGUAGUGAAUAUUCUGCAGAUCAAAAAACAAGAACAACAAUGUUGGCGGGCGUCUGCACCCAUUUCUCCUAGAUUAUGGAAGCUUCAGCUUCGAAAUUUAAUAUAAAAGGGGACUAUCGAGCUUACCGAAACAAAUGACAACUUUCCCGCCAGGAUUUGCGCAGCGGCAGUAAUUCCGCAUGUGUGGACGGUGUCGAGGUUUCUUGUAAAUAACAUACACUUGUGUACUCGCACAGAAGCUCAACAGUGAAUCGACGACGAUGAUGGCAGCAAGGAAACCAGCUGAAAUAUACGUGUCAGGAUGUUGGUGAUGGCGGUGAUGGCAGCAAGAACAUGUACAUAUUAUCGUGCGCCUAACCGCGCAAUUUUUGUUUUUGAAGUGCCAAACGUACGUCAAUGAGUACAAUAAAGGGCGUCCAUCUUUCUUUUUU